AGAAGACCAACAAGAAAAAGAAACUCUGGAAACUCUCAGUUCUCACUCUUUACAGGAACCUAAAGAUAUCAAGUCUGAGAAAGGAGAUCUGCAACAAAGAGAAUUGACGCUUUGCAGGUUUGCCGAAGUCAAGCUUUUGUCAAUAACGGUCUCUGACGCUGACAUGAUGUCUCAGCAUGCAGCCUUGAACAGCCUUUUCGGCGAUGACCCUUUCUUCAGUCAGGAGCGGCUGCUGUGGCCCAUGCGUCAGAAGGCCCUGUCCUCACUGCAGCAAGGCUUCUUCAACCAGAGAACCGAACUGGCCGACAGCCUCCUGAGGGAGCUACACGAUGGGCCCCACCUGCUCAAAUUUAACCAGUUGCCCCUCAUUUCCUCCACCUUGGCGAGGCUGAGUGAUGGUAAAGAGCUGCAGAAAGAAACUCCCAGCACAGAGCUGAACAAGGAAGCUCAGCUGGCCACAGAAAACAAUGGCGACCUCCUGGUGACCCUAGACGCUCGGGGGUACGCCCCCAAUGACAUCACUGUCAAACUGGAGGGGCGUAGCCUGGCAGUGGUGGCCAUGAAGCAGGCCGGAGCAGAAGAUAGCCAGUCCUGCUCCUCCUCCUCCUCCUCCUCCUCAUUCUGCUCCUCGGCCUCGUCUCAGAUCGGAUUUGUCCAGAAGAUCAACCUUCCCGCUCACCUGGAUCUGUCCGGCCUCUCUUGUUCCCUGAUGGAUGAUGGACAGCUGCGUAUCCACGCCCCCGUGACUAAGCAGCCAAUCAGUGAAGAGCACGAGGUGCCCAUUCGGUUCAGGACAUCUCUAGAAUUUCCCAUUAGUGAGGAGAAGAAAGAGGAGAAACACACAGACUAAUGCACACACUCCACACAUACUGUAAAAUAAAAUAAAACAUUAAUAUACAUGUUUUUAUGCCCACACACAUACACACUUCCAUUAAAAGACUGUCAAUGAUGAGUAAAGUAUGCCAUUACAAAAUGAAGUGAACGUUUAUUUUAUAAUAUUUUGCAAUUUGUAUAAACUGUUAUAAUUAAAUAAAGUUAGAUUUUCAGAAAAUGUGAUUGUAUAAGUACAGUGGUGUCUGCAUGGUGCAGGGGCUUAUUACUGUAAAUAAAUAGAUUACUACUUU